UUGCGUGGAGUUCAGUUUAAAAAAUUUAGGUAGCUCAAAAAAUUUAGUAGUAGUAAUUUUUAUUUCAAAAGUGAGUUCAGUUUUUUAAAAUUCAAAUUGGCCAUUGAUAAGCAUUGACAUUUAACAUGGGCUGGACAGAGUAAUAAUUUUUACAUUUACCUUCCCAACCAAUUCCAGAGGAAAACUGGUCUCGUUCAAUUUCACACGGUUAAUGCUUAAAACGCAAGUAAUUUAAUGUCAUUAAAGUGUCUUCGGUUCUAGUCAGUAUAUGCUCAUAAAUGAGGACAUGAAGAAACUCGUGAACCUUUCAUUUUCAAAAAAUUUCCCUCCCCACUUAUAAUCAUAUUUCGAAAACCGAAAGAAGAAGGAAUAAGUGUCUCCGAUCCCCAUAAAUAAAACAGUUUAUAAGAGAGUGAAUUCAGUCAGUCUAUUUGGCUAUAAAUCAGUGAUUAUAUAUUGAGUGAAAAUAGUAAUGGGAAGUGAUGAUUAUUGCAGCAUAUCCAUUAUCACAGCAAGAACUUGUACAGAAAUUAGGAAAAGAAGAUCAGAAACGUGUACUACUUGUAUAUCGCCAAGGUGGAUUUUCUCGCGUUGGUUUGAGAGAAGUGGUAAGGCUGCAGAGAAAGUGAAUCAUGAUGAGAAACAGCUUCAAUAUGGUAGCAGAAACAAUGACAACAAGAACAAGAAGAAAAAGAAGGAGCAUUCUCUUAAAGAAUUUGAUACCAAGUCAUCAUCACCAUCUAUGGCACUGGAAGACCCAGGAGGGGACAAGAAAGCGGACUCUAUGAACCUAGGCAUUGGAUUUGGUCUAAUUUAUCUGUUUAAUGCUACCAAAAAUGAGCUGAACAAGAUUAUUGAGAUUCGUAGAGAAAUGGAAAUCCUGCUUCAUAAUUCCAAGAUGGAAUUCCAAAACCAAGCAAGAAUCAGAAAUAGUCUUUCUUCUGCAUCAAAAUCCAGAGCCAAAAUCUCACACUACGAUUCAGAUUGUGUUGAACAAUGUACAUACUCAACUGACAUUGAAGAAGAAUCAGAAAUCACUUGCAGCCAUGAUCACCUUUUGAACUGCAAAUUAAUGGAAAGAAGUGAAAGGAAUUUGGAAAUGAACCAACUUGAAGCAGAGCUUGAAGUCGAAUUAGAACGUUUGCACUUCGAUGUAGAUUCAGAAGUUUUAUUGAAAUAUCCAACACAAAGAAAUGCAGAGAUUAUGGAUGAAUAUAGCUCAGGGGUUGGAAGCCUUAGCACAGGGUUUGCAGAAAUCUACAACCCUAUAACAAAAAUAGAAAACUGUGGAGUUCCUGCUGAAGAAUUAAACAGGAGGCUGCAUGAGCUUCUACAGACAAGGCAAGAAGAAAGGAUCAAAGAACUGGAGUCAGCUUUAGAAUCCACCAUGCAAAAACUUGCAGAAAAAGAAAAAGAGAUCUGUUGGUGGAGAGAUACUGCCAAGGUCAUUUCUCAACAUGCUCCGAGUCGUCGAUCGCUUGGUAAGUUAGAUUAAAAGCUACACCAAACUUGAAGGGAAUUGUCCAAAGUCUUUUUGGAUAGAAAGGAAUUAGGAAAAAGAAAGGGAAGUUGUUUAUUUAGAGAAAGAAAAAGAGCUUUUCAAUGGAUACAGUUUCAUGUAAAAGAGGGUGAAGGAAAUAGACCAUAAUAUUCAUAUAUAUACUAAAGUUUAGUUUUGAAAUAGCAAGA